AUGACCUUGUUUGAUGGCAUCUACCCCUUCUACCCCCAGUCCAGGAAGCCCUUCAUCUUUGAUGUUGACCUCAUAAUUGUUAUCAUCGUCUUCUUGGUUAUCGCCUUCAGCUUCUUACUUAUUCUGCCUGGGAUUCGAGGCAGAGCGAGACUCUACUGGCUUGUUCGGGUCAUCUCCAGCCUCUUUAUUGGAGGAGUGAUUGUUGCUGUUCACUUCACCUCUGACUGGCAGAGUGGGAGGGUGACAGCCAACGUCACCUACAAAUCGUUCAGCGUCGCCAUGGUCCAUGCAGAUAUUGGGCUGUACGUUGGCUUGACGGGAGUCAACAUCACCUUGGUUGGAAAACCCGUGGAUCAGCUUAAUGAAACCAUCAAUUAUAAUGAACAGUUUUCGUGGUGGUUUGGGGCCGACUACGACAAAGAGUUUGAAGAAGGCCUGCAACGUGGAUUGCCCAGUCCCAUCCUCUAUGUGGCAGAGAAGUUUGCUGAGCACAGCCCCUGUGGCUUGAACAGUGUCUACCGCAUGGCUGGUCACUAUGCAUCAGCAACCCUCUGGGUGGCAUUCUGUGCGUGGCUUGUUUCCAACAUGCUGUUCUCCAUGCCGGUCCCAGUGUAUGGCGGCUACAUGAUUCUCGUCACAGGGGCUUUCCUCAUCUUCGCACUCCUGUCCUUCUCCACGGGGAGGAACGCCUGGUGUGUCAUCCAGUUUGGGUUGGCAUCUCUGCAGCUGGCCUAUGGGGCAUCGUUCUGGCUCACUCUGGCCACAGGGCUCUUCUGCUUCCUUAUUGGCACAGUCGUGAUUGCCCUGCACUUCACCCAGCCAAACUUCCUGAAAGCAUUCUUUGACCUGGCCGAGGAUGAAGAGGAUGAUGAAGGCAUGUUGGGCGAGGUGCACAUCAACCCCUACUUCCAUCAGACCCAGACACUUUCUUCUCAGCCUGAUUUCAAACUGACCAUCAAGAACAGCUAA